AAAGCUUUCAGCGGAGUUCUCUUCUUGUUGCCGUUGAAAUACAAUACUCCAUUCAUUCGUCUGUGGCAAGAGAAACGGUUCGGUUUAGUUCGCUGUACGGGUGACCUCCAUUAACGGCCUGUUGGAUUCUACUCACUUGUUAUUCAUUAACUACUCAUCGACAAACAGAAAGUGGACCAGAUUGGAGUUACCACAAUGUCCGAUUGUAACUUUAAAAGUUUGGAGGAGACCCUUGAGAAGUAUAUUCCACAGGAGGAGCUUCGAGAAGUCAAAAGGAUUCUCUAUGGACGUGCUGACGAUAAUGCCAUUACGUUCUCCACUGAAACCACUUCCCUGGCCAAGGAAGUCGGAGUGGAACUGAAAGGGUACACAUUCACUGCUCGCAAGGAAGAUCUUCGCCGUCCGAGGGUCGUACGUGUCGGACUAAUCCAGAACUCGGUAGACAUUCCUACGACCGCUCCGAUUCACGUCCAGCGGGAUGCUCUGCAUGAGAAGGUUUCCAACAUCCUGAAGGUUGCAGCUGCUGCGGGGGUGAAUAUUAUUUGCCUUCAGGAAGCUUGGACUAUGCCCUUCGCAUUUUGUACACGUGAAAAGUUCCCCUGGUGUGAGUUUGCCGAAGAUGCGGAGAACGGUCCAACGACGAAGAUGGUCAAAGAGCUUGCCAAACAGUACAACAUGGUCAUCAUUUCACCCAUCCUCGAACGGGACGCGAAUCACAACGACACAAUCUGGAACACGGCCGUCGUGAUCUCGAACAACGGCAAUUACAUGGGAAAACAUCGGAAAAACCACAUCCCCCGGGUUGGGGAUUUCAACGAGUCAACCUACUACUUCGAGGGUAACACCGGGCAUCCGGUUUUCGAGACCCAGUUCGGUCGCAUCGCCAUUAACAUCUGCUACGGACGCCAUCACCCGCAGAACUGGAUGAUGUUCGGACUGAACGGUGCGGAGAUUGUGUUUAAUCCAUCGGCAACGAUUGGAGCCCUCAGCGAACCCUUGUGGGGCAUCGAAGCUCGAAACGCUGCCAUUGCGAAUAGCUACUUUACGGUGGCCAUCAACCGUGUCGGUACCGAGGUUUUCCCGAACGAGUUUACCUCGGCUAACGGACUGCCGGCUCACAAGGACUUUGGACCCUUCUACGGCUCAUCGUACAUUGCCGCACCGGACGGUUCACGAACUCCGGCAUUAUCGCGGGAUAAAGAUGGUUUGCUCAUUGCGGAAAUGGAUCUGAACCUGUGCCGACAGGUGAAGGAUUUCUGGGGCUUCCAGAUGACUCAACGAUUGCCGCUUUACGCGGACAGUUUGACACAGGCCAUCAAACCCGACUACAAGCCGCACAUCAUUAGGGAAAAUCAAUAGAAAAACAAGGGAAACUCAACGAAUGAUUGUAAAGAAUGUUUAUUCAAUGAACUAUAUAAUGCAGCUGCUUUGGUGUAAAAUUUAUAAUUUUA